AGAGAUGCUUCAUUCAAGAAGUUGAGCCAAAGGAUUAAAAAAAAAAAUUAAUUUACCAAAAGAAGAACCCUAAUUUUCCUGAACGAAGUUCCAAUGCGCUGCACCUCAAAGUGUGACUUCCCCCAGGCUGGCAGCAGCUGUGUUGAGAGGGUGCUGGUAAGCUGAUCCCAGGGAGAUGUCACAGCUGUACUACCGGCGGACUGACAGCUCUUCAUACCGGGACCGCAUCCCGCUGAGAAUUGUGCGGGCAGAGUCGGAGCUGUCAGCGUUGGAGAAAGCCUACCUCGGCGCUGUGGAGAAAGGAGACUAUGCCAGUGUGAAGCAAGCUUUGAAGGAGGCAGAGAUUUAUUUCAAGAUCAACAUUAACUGCAUCGACCCUCUCGGCCGCACGGCUCUUCUGAUUGCCAUUGAGAACGAGAACCUGGAAAUUAUUGAGCUCCUGCUGAGCUUCAACGUCUACGUUGGUGAUGCCCUCCUGCACGCGAUCCGGAAGGAAGUGGUGGGAGCCGUGGAGCUGCUGCUCAUUCACAAGAAGCCCAGUGGGGGCAUGCAGGUCCCUCCUAUCUUAUUGGACAAGCAGUACUCAGACUUCACCCCUGACAUCACUCCCAUCAUCCUCGCCGCACACACCAAUAACUAUGAAAUUAUCAAGCUUCUGGUGCAGAAAGGUGUGUCUAUGCCACAGCCACAUGAGGUGCGCUGCAACUGUGUGGAGUGUGUGUCUAGUUCAGACGUGGACAGCUUGCGGCACUCGCGCUCCCGCUUAAACAUCUACAAAGCGCUGUCAAGCCCCUCAUUAAUAGCACUCUCCAGCGAAGACCCUUUCCUCACUGCAUUCAGGCUCAGCUGGGAGCUGCAGGAGCUCAGCAAGGUGGAGAAUGAGUUUAAAUCUGAAUAUGAGGAGCUCUCUCAGCAGUGUAAACAGUUUGCUAAGGAUCUCCUGGACCAGACGAGGAGCUCCAGGGAGCUGGAGCUGAUUUUAAACUACAGAGACGAUAUCAACAUAUUGGAAGAAGAGGGGAACAAUGAUCUUGCACGCCUCAAUUUAGCGAUUAAGUACUACCAAAAAGAGUUUGUUGCUCAGCCGAAUUGUCAGCAGCUUUUGGCAUCCAGGUGGUAUGAUGAGUUUCCCGGCUGGAGGCGGCGCCACUGGGCAGGAAAGUUCAUCACCUGUGUUUUCAUCGGCCUCCUCUACCCCGUGUUCGCUAUCUGCUACCUCACCGUGCCAAAGAGCCGCUACGGCCUCUUCAUCCGCAAGCCCUUCAUCAAGUUCAUCUGCCACACGGCGUCCUACCUGAUCUUCUUGUUCCUGCUGCUCCUCGCCUCCCAGCAUAUUGUCACCACAGAGCAGGGCAGGCAGGACAGACAGGGUCCUGCACCGACCCCCGUGGAGUGGAUGAUCCUGCCAUGGGUGCUGGGAUUCAUCUGGGCAGAGAUCAAGCAGAUGUGGGAUGGAGGCUUCCAAGACUACGUCCAUGACUGGUGGAACCUGAUGGACUUCGUCAUGAACUCUCUAUACCUGGCCACCAUCUCCCUCAAGAUUGUAGCCUACACUAAGUACAGUGGCAGUAAACCCAGGAACCAGUGGGAAAUGUGGCACCCUACUCUCGUUGCUGAGGCAUUGUUUGCCAUAGCGAACAUAUUCAGCUCCCUGCGCCUCAUCUCACUCUUUACAGCCAACUCUCAUCUGGGGCCGCUGCAGAUCUCUCUCGGGCGAAUGCUGCUGGACAUCCUGAAGUUCCUCUUCAUCUAUUGUCUGGUUUUACUGGCCUUUGCUAACGGGCUGAACCAGCUCUACUUCUACUAUGAGACGAAGGCUUCAGAUGAGAGGGGGAAAUGCAAGGGGAUCCGCUGUGUGGAGCAGAAUAAUGCCUUCUCAACUUUAUUUGAGACCCUACAGUCUCUUUUCUGGUCCAUCUUUGGACUCAUCAGCCUCUAUGUAACCAAUGUGGAUGCAGACCACCAGUUCACUGAAUUUAUCGGGGCCACCAUGUUCGGCACAUACAACAUCAUUUCGCUGGUGGUCCUCCUCAACAUGCUCAUAGCCAUGAUGAACAACUCCUACCAGCACAUUGCUGAUCAUGCUGACAUCGAGUGGAAGUUUGCCAGGACAAAGCUGUGGAUGAGCUACUUCGAGGAAGGAGCCACUCUGCCCCCCCCUUUCAACAUAAUCCCCAGCCCCAAAUCCUUCUGGUAUCUUGUGUGUUGGAUCAAGAGACAAGUGUGCAAGAGAAGACGGUCCAAGUGCCGCGAAACUAUCGGAACGCUCGGAAGACGAGCAGCAGAGAACUUGAGGAUAAACCAUCAAUAUCAGGAGGUUUUAAGGAAUCUGGUGAAACGUUAUGUGGCUGCUAUGAUCAGAGAUGCCAAGACAGAGGAAGGCCUGACUGAAGAAAACUUCAAGGAGCUGAAGCAAGAUAUCUCCAGUUUCCGCUACGAGGUGAUGGGCUUGUUGAAGACAGGGAAGCCUUCUCUGCAGGGUGCAAUAGCCAGUGGAAGCUCGGUAGAGUCCGGUCUCGCUUAUCCAAAUUCCUCACUUAAAAUUUCCUCCGGAACUCCGAGCAGCCAAGUGAAAAGCAAGCUAAACCGAUUUAAGAUAACCACAUCCAUUCUCAAGCAAAGCAGUUCGUCAGCUUCACCCAGGCCACCCGAAGUCUUCAACGGUCUACCCAACGGACUCUUAUCGCUGGUUUCAGGCCAGAGUUGCAGCGAUGUAUCAAGUCAGAAAAGAAGUGACCCCAAAGACAUAAGUGACUUUGGUUUGUUCCAGAAACACCACAGCGGCAGCAAAGACGUCACUUCAGGUGCAGGAGAGAUUUCCAGAGAGAUUUACUCUUUGUCAGAAGAAGCGGGAGAGUCUGGGGGCUCAGAUGAUGAGGAGCAGAGCAAAGGAGCCAGAGCAAAGACUGCGAAAGAACUACCAGGGACAGAGAGGUGGGAAACAUCUCCUGAAAGGAGGCAGGCUUCGGACAUCAGCUGUAACUUUGAGGAAAAUGUGGACAAACCAAGUGUGGAAGAAGAUACCGAUGUACCUUGUAUUGACUCAGUAGCUGAUGGAUAUUUGUCCGAGCCAAGGAGAAAAUAUGAAUAAGAUGUGUUUAUACACGUCCAGAGCUGCUGGACUGAAGACAGAGACUGACAAUCAGCAGGAGUUCCAAGAAAACAUUUUUGCCAGAGGUUUUGAAAAGACUCCAGCUUCUCCAGUUGAUAGUAAAUG